GUUCAAUUCUCACUCUAAUACGCGUAUUAGGUCUACAUGAUUCGAAUCGCGCAAAAACCAGAUUUUCGUAAAAAGUGGUUUUUACCGACUUGUCAUUCUGGGGUAUUCAAUUGUAGGAAUGACUGACGACCACUGACGACGAUACGACCCUAAAAGCUAUCUCCAUACAUUCAGGAAUUGUACAACUGUUGACAUAGCCAGAAUUCCAUAGACUUUUAACAGAGAUAUCAACUAAAAAACAUUGUUUUAAUAAAAUAGUUGUUGGAUUAAGACUGGGCAAAACAUCAUCUAGAAUAAUUGUAACCAGUGAUUUUCGGGAGGAAAAGUGUAGAAGUCAGGAUGUCAUCUAUCAGUCUCCUUUAUAAAAAGUCAAUAUUGUGAUAAAACGUUUAAUGGCAUGAAUAACCUAGAAACACUAGUUUUCCAAAGAUGAAUUAACAAAUUUACUAGAUAAAUAUCAAAACCUGUUGGAAAAGGUAAUAAGUAGAAUACUUUCUAGGGACCAGUUAUGUAUUAUGUAUUUUUCUAAGUUUUCGGAUUUUCUACAAAAUUCAGUUGAUUUUGAUUUGAACACAUAUGGCAACCCUGCUUGUCUAUAAUCUAAAGCGAAAUGCAUCUUCAAGGAUUCCCCAAAUAUGGAUAUGCUUCCUCACUUAAAACCUUAGCUAUAAAUGCUCCUUGUAUAAAUGUGCAUAGUAGAGGACAGAAUGGCUUCUUAUGACCAUUUUAGGUCUCAUUUGGAUGACUAUGGUAAUACAAUUAAUGAACUUUUUAGAAAGAUCCAAUUUUGAGUUUUCCAGAAAUGUUUUAGGGCAGCAUUGACAAACUAACGUGUCCUGGAGAACCCGAAGAUGUACCAUCAGAAAUUCCAGAUAAUAUCUAUAGUAAAACAAAACUGAAUUCUUAUCCAAUUAAUGAUAUUGCAAGAGAACUGAAUGUGGUGCAGUGUAAAGAGUAUUUUGACUCACAAUUGUCUUUCAAGGAAAUGAUGACCACUAAUAGGAGGUAUCUCAAGCCUAUUGUGAAAUCUGUUGCCCCUUCAAAAGUGAAUGAUAUCGAGCCUGGACAUGAUUAUAUAUUUUCUAUUUUGAUAUACAAACCAUUUGCAUUGGAACAUGCGAACAGAUUUGGAAAUGAGAAGAUGAGAUUUGCAUAUGAAAUUGAAGCCGUGGGUUCAAACACCUUGACUGAAGUGGUGGACUCCAUUAAAUGUUUCAGUGAUGAUUGCCUCUUUUUAGAAGUCCCAGACACCAAGGUGGACCUAAGCAGCGAAAUGUUUAACGCAAGGCAAGCAUACCCAUCUCGAACUGUAUUUAUAGAAGGCGUAUUUUACAAUGACUAUAGAUCUCCAGACUCUGUUGAUUUAAGCAAAGAAGUGACUGAGUGGGCAAAACAAAAGGAUAUUGGGUCGUUUGUCUCACAAUCUAUGGAAGAUGUUCAUCUGAGAGAUUUAAAACCCAAACUGGGAUAUCCUUAUGUUUACAUACAUCAAGGGAACUGUGAACACAUUAUAUCUUUUUCCGAUGCAAGACUUAUCACAGAACCUUCAUAUUCCAGGCGUUAUCCAAGAAUCUCAUCAUUCUGUACAAAGUAUAACAUGCAAUGUUUCUUAUGCUCCAAUUUGCCAGCUAGGUGGAUGGUAGUAAAAUGUGACAGAUUUCCCCAUGAAAAGGUGUUUUUGUGCACCGUAUGCUGUGAAUCGUAUUUAUUUUUGGAUGGCAAAAAGGUUACUGAGUUCCAAUUAUAUCCAUACAGAAAUGAUGACUGAACUCCAUUUAAUGCAGAUGUACUAAUAUAUGUUGGUGAAUGAGCAAAAUUGAAUACCUGUGCUCUGGAUAUCAAGCAGGUCCCACAUUAUGAUAAAACUUAUGAAAUUCUGAAUUGAUAUGUCAGGCUGCAUUUGGUUGUGAGAUUUUAUGAAUAGAUUUAAUUGAAACAUCAA